GUUCCGGUGACUUGAUGUCAUUUUUGCCUUGUUGGAAUCUGCUGUCGGAGAGAAACAUCGGCUGCCGGCGAGGACACAGAGGACCGUGCAGUGAGGAGUAAGAUGUCUCUUAUUGAUGAUCUUGAUAAUGAGUUGCUGCAGUUGCUGUUUCAGCAGCAGUCUGGAUCACUUCCAGGUGAAGAGUUUGGUGAUGGGUCCAAUUUCAUGAUGGACUGGGGACUAUGUGAGCAUGAUAUACUGAAUGACAAUGACACUGAGGAUUUCUUCAACUCCAUCAUCGGCUCUUUUGAGGAUGAUGCCAACACAAUAUCCUGGUCUCCAUUAGGUAGUGACAGCGGAAUAUCAGAAGACAACAACAACAAUUGCGGUCAGGAAGAUAGCCCAUCAAGCAGUGAUGCUCCACUGACUGAUAGCCCAUCAUUUUCUGAAGUCGUACAUUCUGACCAUAACUACUCACUUCACCAGGAUGCUCAGACAGAAGUCAAUUGUUUGCACAGCGUAAGGACUGAGAAUCCUUCAACAGAAACUGACAUCUCAAUUGAUUUAGAGUGGGAAUCUGAGUUUGUGAUCGAAAACUCACAAGUUAUUCCUGUGGAAGAAAGCCCUGGCCUGGUAACUCUCACCAUUGAAGAUCUGCAGCAAAACCAUAAAACAAAUCAACUUUGCUUUGAAAAUCUGGUUUUGACAGAUGAAGAAAGACGACUUCUGGCCAAGGAUGGUUUGGAGUUGCCCACACACCUUCCCCUCACAAAGUCAGAAGAACGAGCACUGAAAAGAAUCCGAAGAAAGAUCAGAAACAAACAGUCUGCUCAGGAGAGUCGCAAAAAGAAAAAGAAUUACAUUGAUGGCUUGGAGAGUCGAGUUGUAGCAUGCACCGUUCAAAAUCAGGAGCUGCAGAGGAAGGUGCAGCAUCUUGAAAGCCAAAAUAUGUCUCUAAUAGAACAGCUAAAGAAGCUGCAAGCAUUGCUUAAACAAACCACAACCAAAAGUGCUAACAUCAGUACUUGCAUAAUGGUAUUCCUGUUGUCGUUUACACUUAUCAUUUUUCCAAGUAUCAACCCUUUUGGUGCAAAGCUGGGGUCCCAGGACGAGUCAUACAGUGUUCUUUCCAGAACUUUACUCGACAGUGAAUCGUCUCACAUACGUGUGGUGCCAAACACCUACAAUCCGGAUGCUGAUUCAGACAAAAUGGAAAAGAAUCCAGGCUUAGAUCAAGAAAUUCCUCCAACGUUAUUGACAGGAAGUCAGAACAGCACACCCGAAGCUUCUGACUUGGCAAUCAAGUCAACUCUGAACAGCAAUUCCUCUUCAGAUAUAGAUAGAAUAGUGAAAACUACCACCCAAGAUGACACAAGCCUGGGCAGGGCGGCAUCGGGAAAUGAAAAAGGCGGUGGCUAUGGCAUCUCUCCUUCAACAGUGAACACACCAAACUGGACAGAGCAUACUGCAACAGUAAUCAUAAAAGCACAUCCACGGUCAGAUGAAAUGUAGCAGAGUGUUUCCUGUCAGUGAAUUAUGAAUUGUACAUAAUUUGUUUUGAAAUGGAGGAGUAAAAUGAACGUGUUUUUCAUGUACAUAGAUACUAUGGAGGUUUGCUCUUUUACUUAAUAAUUUAAAAAAUCUCAGCAUCGUUUAUGGGAGUGGGUUGACUUUUAUUUUUAAUUUUUAUAAAUUGCAUAGUCCCUUUAGUAUGAUAAAGUGGCAGUUACCAACAUUAUGUUUUGUAGCCAGUACAAAUAAUUAAAUACUGCAAUAUCAUGUUAUGGGUUCAUAAGUUCAUCUAACUCUUUUAGAAAUGUUGUUCUAUAUUUUGAACAUGUGUUUCCUGUUUCCUCCCUCCUCAAGUUCCUCUUAGAAGUAGCCUCUCCAGUUCCUGAGCUGCUGAUUCAUCGUGUUGUAUUACUCCAUUUGAAAUGCAGUGUGUUUUAGAAUGUGCACCAGGAUUUGUUUGUUUGAAAGAAUCAACUCCCUUUUCUUUAAAUCUCUCAAGCAACCCUUCUUGCCUUUGUUGCAGUUCCCUUUGCCCAUUUGCAAUGUAUUGUUACAGCGAUGGCGACAGAGUUUUGUGAAGCUCAUCUCUUUAUUAUACUUCUUCCUUCAGUGUGUUCUUUCUACUAUGUAUUCAUUUCCUGUUCAUUAUCUAGCUAUUAGCUCCUGACUUAUUUUUAACCAUGCUUCUCGCAAUCAUUCAUACAGAGUAUUAUACCAAGGCACAACUGCUCUCAGUACUUAUUCAUCUGAUGGGAUGAACAACAGCCUCAUCUUGGCAUCAAAUGUUUAUGCUUCAAAAUUAUCAAAAAGUGGAACAUUACAAUCUAAAUUUCUUUCUCUUGCCCCAUUUGCUACCAGCACUUCCUUGUUUCUGUUAACCUUGCCUUGUGUUGUAAAACAGUCCAGCGUAUAACUUGGUGCUUAAUCACAAGUUUAGUAUGUGAUUGUGAAAUAUGACAUUUGACAUUUUGACAUAUGACAAGAAACAGGAGUAAACCAUUCGGCCACUCAAGCCUAUUGUACUAUUCAGCUAAAUAUUGGCUGAUCUGAGUGUUAAUUUCAUUUACCCACUUCCACCUGAUCUAACAAAAAUCUAUCAAUUUAAAUGCUGAAAUUACCAAUGUAUCUAACCUCGACAGCUUUUUUAGGGAAAAGUGUUCCUGAUUUUUGCUACCCAUCAUGUAAAGUAUACUCAAAAUCUGAUGAUUAAUGCCUGAACUACUGCGUUAAGGGAUUGAUGGGUCAGUAGUAAUUUCAAAACAUUUUGAAGUUGAAAUUUUGAGGCAGCAGAACCCACGCUGGCCUUUUAAUCACAAUUUCUUAUUUUGUUUGCCUUUACCUUUUCAGUGCUAUCAACUCGGCUUGACAUUCCCCACCGCUGGAGGUGCUAUUAUAAGUCUUGGAUAGGUUCAGUCUGCAAGUAACUUUAUCAUUUAAUAAUUAAUGAAGAAGGGCUAUCCAAGAUAAUACUUCUACAUUUACAGAAACAUAAAGUUUGUUGCGUUUAGUGAUGGUUUUGUGACAUUCAGAUUACAAGGCAUUUGCAAUGCUACAUGCAGCAACAUGUUAUCAAUCUUCAUAAGAUCAAAUUGCUGUACCAUGUUAGACUUCGCAGUGAAAGAGCUGAUUAUCCUACAAAUGUUUCUCAGCCUUUAGGAAUUCCAUUUAAAGUCAGAGGUUUUAAUUUCAGUGCACUCGGUUUUUCAGUAUUUGUGAGAUUCUCUUAGGCAAUAUAUCAUAUCACCUGCUUUGCCUUUUUAUGUAAGAUCUGAACUGUCUGGCUUUAAUUUGAGAUUUUCACCUACUUCUGAAUGGUGCAGUAACCCCUCUCUUUACUGUUUUGAUGGGAUAUGCUAUCUUCCUGCAAGAUGUUCAUUUUCUGUUACACUAAGCUGACAAUUUCAUUUUGUACCUAAAGACUGGCAGGCUUCCAGUGACAGGCCAGAUCACUUCCUCUGAGCACACAACCUGGUUUCCCAACCCCCAUUCCUCACCAACAUGUUCUUUGACCUCAUGUCCUGUAAUCAAGCUGUUCCUCACCAAACCACAGUCCAAUGUAAUUAAUUUCCCAUCUCUUCCUCACAUUGCUUUUCCUUCCCCUCUCAUAGCCCCUAAAGAAGCCAGACUUCAACAUUUUGUUUUUAUUCAUUCAUAGAUGAGAGGGUCACUGCCUAGGCCAGCAUUUAUUGUCAUCUCUAAUUACUCAGAGGGCAGUUGGGAGUUAACUACAUUGUUGUGGGCCUGGAGUCGCAUGUAGGCCAGACCAGGUGAGGAUGGCAGUUUCCUUCCCUAAAAGUGGGUUUUUCCUAACAAUCAACAAUGGUUUCAUGGUCAUUAUUGAACUUUUAAUUUUAAUUUAAGAUUUUUUUAUUGAAUUCAAAUUCCACCAUCUGCCAUGAACAUGAUCUCGGCGUCCAGGCUAAUGAUCUUAGCGAUUAAUUGUACAAGGCCAUUGCCUUUCCUCAAACAUCAACAUGCUCUUGAACUACUGCCCUAUCUUCCUGCCUGGUCUUAAAGUACCAUGGGAUGCUUUCUAAUGUUAACGGCACCAUAUAACUACUUUUAUUUUUCCUCUAUUCUUUUAGCUGCUUUCAAAGUGGCUUCAUCCUUUUUUAAAUCAGAUCAACUGUGGCCUGAAAUCAAAAACAGAAAUGAUUCAGUUGGGAUUUGUCUGUUUUGCAGAAGGAUGGGGUGUAAGUAUAUAGGAAAUACACAUCAUAGAAUUUGACUCUGUGCUUGCUGGCAGCUAUUAGGCAUGUAAAUAUAUUGUGUAUCUGUAAAUAACUAUUAAAAGUGAAAAGUACUGUAUGGAAGCCCAGUGUACAUCAGUUAAAAGCACUCAGUGAAUUGCAUAAGUUGAAAAUCUAAAAUAAAAAUUGUUA